AUGCCGCGUCCCCAGGUUUCUGACCGGCGGCUGCUGCUAACAUUCCAAGGGCGCAGCUCCACCGUCCACCAGGCGUUCAAGCAAACCGAGCCCGGCCUGUUUGCCAUCGCUGAAGUGUACACCUCGAUCUCUGUGCUACUCCCGCGCCAGGUCAAGAAGGGCCGCGUGCUGAGCCUGCUGCGCGGCCAGUCGCGCGCCUGGGCAGUCACCCGCUGGGCCGUCAAAGAGGCCGACUUUUUGACUGCCUACUUGCUGAGCUGGCGGCGGUGCGUGGCCGACCACGCCCGCGCCGCCUGGCACUGGUGGCUGCGGAAGUACAACAAAUUGCGGAGCUCCGAGCGGUUCUGCGCAUGGGCCGACGCCGCGGCGCCUGUGCUGGAUCGAUUUCGGUGGCUGCUCGAGGUCGCUGCGGCUGCAUCGCGCCUCGUGUCCGCCUUGGGGCCUGUUGCCUCUGCGGCGUGGCGGCAGCUGUCGCAGGCGGCUGCGGCAGCCGCGCGGCAGGCGUGGGAGUGGUUGCAGGACGGCGGCGAGGGCGGCGGGCCAGGGUGGGGCCCGGGUCUGCGGCAGUCCAGGGCGUCGGGCGCCGGGCCGCGCGGCAGCAGCAACGGCGGCAGCAGCAACGGCGGCAGCGGCGGCGGUAGCAGAGGUGAAGGUGUCAAGCGGCCGAAGAGCCGCAACAAGGGGCGGAAGCACUGA